CGCGCGGCGACUCCGGUCCGGUCCAGUUCGGGCGCUGCUGGCAGCCCCCGGGGCUGCUCCCAGGACUCUGCUGGAAGAGCUUAUCUUGGAGCCAGAGAUAAAGAAAGGAUCAGGGAUCUUUGGAGGAGGAGUUGAGAAUCCAGCAUCCUAGGAGCCAAGUCUAGCAGAAGCGUUCCUGGAGCUGAACAAGGUGACAUUGCUUUGGAUGGGAAUCGGUGUAGUCGGAGGUCCUGAUUGAUACAAACAGAGCCCUGGAACUGAACUUCUGGGAAGUAACUCGGUGACCCGGAGUCCUUCAUUGGCUGUGGAGGUCGAGGUUGGCCAAUAUUAUAACUGGACCAGAAUCCUUCGGACCCUUUGAAGUCAGCUGUCUCAUUGACGUCGCAAAAGGCUGAGGAGCACCAUGGAGGGCGACUGUCUGAGCUGCAUGAAGUAUCUGAUGUUUGUUUUCAAUUUCUUCAUAUUUCUUGGGGGGGCCUGCCUUCUCGGCGUCGGAAUCUGGGUCAUGGUGGACCCCACCGGGUUUCGAGAGAUCGUGGCCGCUAACCCCCUCCUCUUCACGGGCGCCUACAUCCUGCUGGCCAUGGGGGCCCUGCUUUUCCUACUCGGUUUCCUGGGCUGCUGUGGAGCCAUCCGGGAAAACAAAUGUUUGCUGCUCUUCUUUUUCCUGUUCAUCUUGUUAAUAUUCCUGGCAGAGCUCUCAGCAGCCAUCCUGGCCUUCAUCUUCAGAGAAAAUCUAACAAGAGAGUUCUUCACCAAGGAGCUGACAAAGCAUUAUCAAGGAAGCAACGAGACAGACGUCUUCUCUGUGACCUGGAAUUCAGUCAUGAUCACUUUUGGCUGCUGUGGGGUCAAUGGACCCGAAGAUUUUAAGUCUGCCCCAGUUUACCGCUUCCUGAACUUCAAUGGGGAUGAGGUUCCGGAGGCAUGCUGCCGAAGAGAACCCCAAAGUCGGGAUGGCGUUCUGGUCAACAGGGAGGAGUGCCUCUUGGGAAGAGAUCGCUCCUUGAACAAACAGGGCUGUUACACUGUGAUCCUCAAUUCCUUUGAGACGUAUGUAUAUCUUGCUGGAGCACUUGCCAUUGGAGUAUUGGCUAUUGAGCUGUUUGCCAUGAUCUUUGCCAUGUGCCUCUUCCGAGGGAUCCAGUAAAGAGGGUCCUGCCCUCCCAUUCCAGGUGAUUGCUACCCCGGCCUCCUCCCCUCCUUGCAGACUCUGCCCCACCUGCCUGCCUGAUCCGGACUGAGCAAAGCUGGCAGGGGGCGGGUGGCGGGGAAGGUGAGAAGGAAGAGGGCAGUAAAUAACUAUUUUUUUUAACAAGAAGAAAUGAAGAAAGGGGAAAAAAAGAUUGUUGUAACAUAUACUUGGCCAAGGAGAAAGCCCAGAAUCGGAGGUGCCGUGCACUGGACGUGAGCGCCGGGCUUCUCCCUGCGGGCACCUGCCCAGGGACCGGACCCAGAAGCCUGCCAGGCGCGGAUUGCACUAAAGACCAAAGGAGCAUUGGCAGUGGAGCGAUGGGGAGGCGAGUCCCAGCGUUCCCUCUCCUUGUGCAGCUCAACCCCACAACCACCCCUCAGCCACCAUGUUUGACCAGACCAAGAGACUGCAGGAAAGCUUCGGGACCCAGGAGACAGCAAGAGGAAGGGGCGAUGAAAGCAAGGGAAACUGAGCAGCCCAGCAAAAAGUCCGCCCUUCUGGGGAGAGGACUAAAAAACAAAAAUAGGCAGUUUUGGAAAUAUUCUGUCACUGCGGAAAACUUGGGUUCCAUUUGCAACUCCCCUGGGGAAGAGAGCUUGAGUGGGGAGCUGAGGGGAGGGAUGGAGGGGGAGGGGUAUGUCCUAAGGGAAGAUUUUUGACGAUGUUUGGAUGAAGAGAAUUGGAGUCACUCUCCAUUCCCUCUAAGAAGUGCCCGGGUUAAUAAUCACCACCUUCCCUCUGGCCACCCCCACUUCUCUCACAUACUGGGGGAAGUGCAAUUGAGAGGCUCACGGGUCUGGAGCUGGAGACCAACUUGUGCUGAUGAUGCUCUGGACCACUGUGUGCUUUGCUCAAGAUGCCCUCCGACUGCUCUGUCUCACACCGUUCUGACUGUAUCCCCCAUCUCCCUUCUCGGGGACUAUAAACCAGAAUAGCUGGCCAACCAGGGUCCCUGAGGAACCCUUUACAGACAUAAGUUCUCCUUCAGUUCUCCUUCCACUGGUCAGUCCCCCACAUCCCACCCUUCCCACAUCAACCUUGCCCUUGGAAAGGAGGGGAAAUCAGUGAUGUUCUUCCCCUUCUCACCUCCUCCCUCCAGAGCUAAAACUUGGGUCAGAGUGGGGAGUUUAGAAGCACCCCGUCACCUUCCUGGGGGCAGACGCUGAUCUGCCCAUCCCUCCCGUGGUGGCAGGGGUCUCACCUCCAGCACAUGCUCAGCUCUGGCCUAGCAGCAACAGCAGCGCCCAGCAUGUCCAUCGCCCCUCCUGCUGUGGGUGAAUAUGUCCACUGGGGCUCUGCCUGCCUCCUGUGGUUUCCCUCUUUCUCAUGGACUGCUCAUUCUCCUGCCCUCCUCCCGCUAAGGCUAGGGAAAAAGGUCGUGCCCACAAGAAGUACCCAAGGUCCCGUAGGCUCGUCAUCCAGGCCCAGAAAUGAAAAUAAAUCCCUUCUCACUCAGCUUUCUGGCCUUUCUUCCCCCAGAAGGGUUCCCCCAGAAAAAAAGGAAUAACUGAAAGCUUUUUUUUUGAGGAAACGGGGAGAGAGACCCCCCCAGAAUGAGCCAGGACAGCUCCUCCCUCGGGGGCACAGGGUGAAGAAUAUCUAGAUCAAAUCAGGAGCAGUCCAAAUGGCUCUUCUCUCCACCCAGCUUUCCCCAAUCAUCCAGUCCUGUCAAAAGGGGGGUGGGAGACUUAAUCCCAACCUACGCUGCCAGUUUUGUUAGGAACCAGUGCCCCUUUCAGAAGCUACUGACUCUUUGGAGAAAGGAAGAAAAGUUUGGCAGGAAGGGUAGGGGCGGGCUCUGGGGUCCCCACCAGACCCAGGGCCCGGAGCUGCUGUUGCUGCUGCUGCUUGUUUUUUGUAAUCAUCCCCCUGGCCCACUCCCCCCACCCCUCACUUGCUCCUUUUCCCCUUCUCUGUCAUUAUCUAACUGGAGGCCCUGGGGGAGAUUGAACUCCCCAGGGCACUCCCAGCUUCCCUCCCCCAGCCCAAUCUCCUGCCAUGUGAAAUACGUUUAAAGUCUAUUUUGAAAAUUGUAAAUGUUCCUUGGAGUAGAUAGCAGAGCUAAUUUAUCAUGUAUUCCCUCCCAUCAGGCUUUUUUUAUAUUGGGGAGUUUUUUUGUAAUAUAAAACAGAACACGCGUUGAAUGUUCUGCACCGGUCUUUGUGUCUGUUUCUUAAAAAAUGAAUAAAUAAAUAACUGCGUAUAUAAAUGGUGA